AUGGCAGCUAAAAUAUCUGUCGAAAAGAUUGAUGAAGAUCUACUGACAUGUUCUGUUUGUUUGGAACGUUACAAGAAUCCAAAGAUUUUACCAUGUCAUCAUACUUUCUGUGAACAGUGUUUGAUGAAGUUGAAGGGACCACGUAGCACGAUUAAAUGCCCAAACUGCAGAGAACACCUUUCUGUGAGUAAUAUUCGAGAACUUCCACCAAGUACGAUAAUUAAUUCUGUCAUAGACAUUAUUGAAGAACAGAAAAGGCAUCGAGGCGAUAAAACAUGCCAUGGUUGUGAAGAAAACUCAUCAACAAAUCGGUGUGUAGACUGUGCUAUGGAUUUCUGUACAACGUGCACCAAAGUCCACAGUAAAAUGCCAGUGAGUCGACAUCAUCGUAUUAUGACUGUUGAAGAACUUGAAAAGGCCAAAUUACGGGACAAGUCGAUAACAUUGGUUUCUGUUUGUUGUACUUCUCAUCAAGACAAACUUACUGAACUUUACUGUGAGAAAUGCCAAGUACCAAUCUGUCAUUUAUGUUUGAGGUCAAAUCACAAAGGUCAUACAGUGAUUGACAUACACGGGGCGGCAGAUAUAUUCUUUCAGAUGGCUACAGAUCACAUAAAACUCUUGAAAGUAAAACAAAGUGAAGCAAAUCAAAGCCAAAUAAAUGCAGCAAAACGUACUGAAGAAUUAUCAAAACAACAUUUGCAUCAAAAACAACAGAUAAAGAAACAUUCACAGGAAAAUAUUGAGAAAUUAAUAAAAAUAAUAAAACAGGAAGAAAACAGUCACUUGUGUAAAUUAAAAACUGAUUAUGACAAAAUGAAUGAAGAGAUUACCAGACAAAUGCACCAGUAUGAAACAACUGAGGAACUACUGACAACAAACACAAGAAUCAUCACCUGUUAUAAAUACUUCAAUGAAAUUAGUAAAAAACAUAGGGGGACGAGGCAGGAACCAGGGAUGUUUGAUCAUCCACUUGGAGUGACCAUCAAUACAUGUGGUGAUAUUGUGGUGGCUGAUAAUAGGAAUGAGAGAGUUCAGGUUAUAGAUAUCUAUGGCAGACCAAAGUCACAGUUACAAUUUACAGGAUAUAGUAAACCAGUCAGACCCAUAGAUGUAGCAGUAUCAGUAGAUAAUACAUACUUUAUUACAGAUGGAACAUGGGGUUUCCAUAGAGGAAAUAACCAGGUGAUUGUAUGUAAUCAAUAUGGGAAGGUUAUACAGUGUUUUGGUGGAAAAGAAUUACAGAAUCCACGUGGAAUCGCUAUCAACCAUAAUAAUGGUAUUGUAUAUGUGGUUGAUAGAGAUGCACAUUGUAUAAGAUUAUAUGAAAUAAUAGGUUUUAAGUAUAUUAAGUCAGUUGGUAUUAAGGAUCAAGGGUCAUGUCAGUUUGAAUAUCCAAUGUUCAUAGCUGUUAAUAGUAGAGGAUGUAUAAUAGUUUCAGAUGUAGGGAAUCAUCGUAUUCAGGUUCUCACAUCUGAUGGUGUAUUGAUGUUUGCAUUCAGUGGCCGUCCAAAUGACAAGUUUGACUGUCUCCGUGGAGUUACUACUGAUAAGAAUGACAAUAUUUAUGUAUGUGAUGCUAACAAGCAUAGAGUGCAGAUGUUUAACAGUAAAGGUGAAUUUAUAACCAAUAUUGCUAGUGGUAGUGAUGUAUUGAAUACCGAAGUAUAG